ACAAGCCUUCAGUCGCGGCGCGAACAUGCUCGCGUGUAGUUGGGCUCAGAGCUAGGUCCUCGCGCGAAAUGGCGGUAACUUUCCGAUAACUUUCGUAUCGUAAUACGCACUAACAUAUCUUUGUAUGUUUACACAAACUAUUGAAAUAAAGUGUGUUAACGACUGAAUAACUGAAGUUUUGUUGUAUUUAAAAUUGUGUUGGACAAUUUAUUUGAAAAUUUGACUGAAGAAGAGUUUACAAGAGUUUCUUGCAAGUGCAAUGAAGAAACUGAGACUACCAGAGCUUCCAAAUCGGUACUGAGAAAUAUUCAAAGUUUUAUUUCUACCAUGAAAAAGUUAAAGAAGGAGGCAUAAUCCAGCGGUGAAAUGUAAACGAAUUCCAAUGCCGGGUCUGAAAGAGAACGUGUCAUAGACAAUGCACAGCCUCCUUGGAGCGGCUGUUGUGUCGGCAUUACUGCAGAUACUUCUAUCUUACACGGCCGUGAGCGGCGUCAGCUGGGAGGAAUGGUGGACCUACGACGGCAUUUCAGGUCCAGCAUUCUGGGGGUUGAUCAACCCAGAAUGGUCGUUAUGCAACAAGGGGAGGCGACAGUCCCCGGUCAACUUGGAACCAGACAAGCUGCUGUUCGACCCCAACCUACGAUUUUUACACAUAGAUAAACAUAGGAUAAACGGUCUAAUAAGCAACACAGGCCACUCAGUGAUCUUCACUGUGGAGAAUGAGACUCGACACCACAUCAACAUAACAGGAGGCCCACUCUCCUACAAGUACCAGUUCCAUGAAAUUCACAUACACUACGGCCUGCACGACCAGUUUGGAUCAGAACACGCCAUAAAUGGAUACACCUUUCCUGCAGAGAUUCAGAUAUUCGGUUUUAAUUCACAAUUGUAUUCAAACUUCUCCGAGGCACUGCACAAAGCUCAAGGAAUUGUUUCAAUAUCACUAUUGUUACAGCUCGGAGAUUUAUCAAAUCCAGAACUGAGAGUUCUGACAGAAGAAUUAGAAAAUAUCAAAUACGGUGGUGCGGAAAUGCCGGUGAACAAGCUAUCGGUCCGGGGGCUCCUGCCGGACACGGACUACUACAUGACGUACGACGGCUCCACCACGGCGCCCGCCUGCUACGAGACCGUCACCUGGAUCAUUGUCAACAAGCCCAUCUAUAUCACCAAACAACAGUUGCACGGCUUGAGGCGGUUGAUGCAAGGCGACGCCAGGCACCCCAAGGCUCCCCUCGGCAACAACUUUAGGCCGCCCCAGCCUCUCCACCAUCGAGCCGUGAGGACCAACAUUGACUUCGAUCUUAGCAAGUAUCCUGGGAAGACUUGUCCGAGCAUGCAUCGAGACAUGCAUUACAAAGCCAAAAGCUGGACACAGUAUUGAAGCUAAUUCCACUCCGGUAGGCAUUCAUAGCAGCUACGUAGAAAUAUACAUUAACUAGUACAUAAGUUUGUACAUACCUCUUGUACAGUCUCGUUUACAUCCCGCUUAUGAUAAAUGGAGCAACAAAAUAUAUUUUAAGUGUAAUAUAUCCAAUCUUAGCGCUGAUGUUAGACUUAGAAUAAUUGUGAUGAGUGACUUUCGUUGGGUAAAUGUUACCUAUAUUUUAUUACGGCCUCUGAUUAAGUAGAUUAUGAUAGAUAUUUUCGGAUAGAUUGUUCAAACCAUGCCAUCGGUUUUGCUGUAGUAAAUUGUAUACUUAAAGUAGGAAAAUUGAUCCCUAGAUUGUAUAAUAAUUAGGUAUGUC